AUGGGGAUGUCUGAAGGGGCGUUCUUGCUCCUAAUCCUGCUGCUCAACACUGGAAUAAUCUCAGGUUCAGUUGUUUCCAGCUGUGAUGCGUGCCACGAAAAAGCAACGUGCCAAGAGUCACACGAAAGAGGCGACUCCUUUGUCGGCUUCUCGUGUGUCUGCAAAGAUGGCUUUGUUGGCGAUGGUCUCAGCUGUUACAAUACCUUAGUCUGUAGCGAUGGUUCCUGUUGUAGUCAAGGCUAUGAAUGGGCACCUGGCAGUGGCUGCGUGGACAUUGACGAGUGCUCGCUCCCUGACUCACCAUGCACGGCACCUCGGGUUUGCCAAAACACGCCAGGCUCCCAUGAAUGCCUCGAGCCUGCCUCACUCUCUAGAUCUGGCCUUUCCUCACAAUCAGUCCAGUUCAGUUGUGGAAACACAGUGUGCCCAGCAGGUAUGGACUGCAUUGGAAAUAACGGGACAAGAUGUGCUGACCCUUGUGAGAGCUACACCGUCCUGGAUGAUGACUGGCGUUCGACACAGUUUAGAUAUGCUAAUUCCAACCAAGCAAAAUGUGACCGAAAUAUCGAGUGGCGAGGCUGGUAUCGCCUGUUUCUGGGAGACAACAGUGCACAUAUUCCUGAGAGAUGUAUCGAGGAAAACAUGUGUGGAACCCAUGCACCUUUGUGGAUAACGCAACCUCAUCCUACACAGUCUAAUGUAAUUGCAACUCGUACUGUGUGUAAUGCUUGGAACGGAGACUGCUGCCAGUUUACAUCACACAAUAUCCAUGUUAAGCUUUGCUCUACAGCCGCUACCAGCUACUACGUGUACAAACUUGUGAAGCCAUCUACAUGCCGUCUUGCUUACUGUGCAGCAACUGGCAACAUUGAAACGACAGAGAAUUACCAUACCCCACUAACAUCAGCACCCACAAUAAAUGAAGGCGAGGUCCGCCUGGCUAAUGGAGGAAACAGCUCCUGCUCUGGCAGAGUAGAAAUCUUCCACCGUGGACAGUGGGGAACAGUGUGUGACGAUAUCUGGGACCUGAAGCACGCGCAAGUGGUGUGCAGACAGUUGGGCUGCGGCAGGGCCCUGGCAGCCCCCCAGAGGGCUCACUUUGGACAGGGCAGUGGCCCCAUUUGGUUGGAUAAUGUCAGAUGCACCGGAAGUGAAUCAAAGCUGGGUGAGUGCAAUCACCAAGGAAUUGGAUCGCACAACUGUGGUCACCAUGAGGAUGCCGGAGUGGUUUGUGAAGCUGCGUCACCCGUGAGGCUGGUCAACUCUGACAACCGCUGCUCUGGAAGAGUUGAGGUCUACCAUAAUGGACAAUGGGGGACUGUGUGUGAUGACAUAUGGGUCCUCACCAAUGCCAAAGUGGUGUGUAGACAGUUGGACUGCGGCAGGGCUCGUUCAGCACUGCACAGUGCAGCCUUUGGACAGGGCAGUGGACCCAUCUGGUUGGAUGAUGUCCGUUGUCUUGGAAAUGAAACUUCAAUAACGAGCUGCCAACAUCGUGGAUUUGGGAGACACAACUGUGUACACAGGGAGGAUGCCAGCGUUGUUUGUGAAGAAACGCAACCUUCACUCAGACCUUCUCAUCUUAUUUGUGGCCCUGACAAAAUCCGAGUGGCCCUGGAUUCCGUGAGCAUAACACGCGCCGGUUAUAACCCGCUCUCUGGCAACCUGGCAGUCCGCAACUGUUCCUGGGUCAGGGUGCAAGGUGAUGUCGUGUGGUACGAAGCUGACGCUCAGGCAGAUGCUUGCGGAAACACACUGACGACCAACCGCACACACGCCAUCUACUCCAACAGUUUAUUUAUCUACCCAUUGAACAACACAUCAUUCUCUCCCGCUGUGAGUCUUCCUUUCUCGUGCGCCUAUCCCCUGGACGCAGACAGCAGGCUGAACGUGGCCAUCAGACCAUCCCUUGCGUUGGACGGUGGUAUUAUUGGCUCAGGUUACAAAGCCAGAGCCUCCAUGGUCCUCUUCCGCAACUCCAACUUUACAGAGCCUUAUUCAGCGGGCGCGGUCGUCCUUCCGGUGGGCUCGCCGUUGUACGUUGGGGUCGCUGUGGACAGAAGAGAUCCCAGCUUGGCAGUUGUUUUGGAGGAUUGCUUCGCCUCUCACUCCUCAAACCCUGAUUACCCCGAGCGAUACUCUCUAAUUCACAACAAAUGUCCCGCUGACCGCCAACAAGUCUCCGUGGUUGAGAGUGGCUCAUCCCUCCGGGCUCGUUUCUCUGCUCUGUUCUUCCUGGUUCAGGGGGAAUAUCGAAGUAUUUACCUCCACUGCGGCCUCAGCCUGUGUGACCGGAGGAGGUUCUCUUGCAUUCCGCUCUGA